CUGCCGGCAGGGCCGCCCCGCGCACACGGCCGCGUCCCCGCGGGGCUGGGCGGGGGGAUCGGGCUUCGGCUUCCCCUCCCCGGGAGCGCCUGACGGGCGGGCAGGGCCGGGGCCGGUGGAGGGGAGGCGGCCGAGGCACCCCGGUCCGGCCGAUGCUGGCGCUGCCCCGCGCAGCACCGGGUUCCAGCGGGCUGGUGGCGGCGGUCGGGACUCAGGGGGGGCCCCCCGGCGUCCCUUCCCCUUCCCUCCCUCCGCGGCGGGCGGCCCUGGAGGAUUUUCUCCCGCCGCGGCCCCCUCGCUGCCCCCCAGACAUGGUAGGUCACCUCCAGCUGCAAGGGAUGGACGAAAGCCUGAAGGAGAAGAGCCGGGAAGGCUUGCUGGACAGCCCGGACUCGGGGCUGCCCCCCAGCCCCAGCCCCCCCUUCUACUCGCUGUCGCCCGGUGAGGGCCGGGCAGGGGGCAGCGGCGGUGCGGACCCCCCGGCCCCGGGGCACCGGCGAGAGGCCAAGGACGGCAAAGUGAUGCCUUACCUGCUCCUGAACCCGUCCAUGCCAGAGAUAAGGCCUCGAAUGCACCCUGUGUUUUUUGGAGAAAGCAUUGAGGUCAGCCCUGAGCCCGUGCAGGAAAUCAGGUGCAAUUCCGAGGUGAAGUACGACUCCGAGAAGCAUUACCGGGACGACAUUUUCUAUGGCCCCAUCCCCACCGUCACCACCUACAGCGAGACAAUCAUCGCUGCUCCCAACUGCACCUGGCGGAACUACAAGUCCCAGCUGAUCUUCGAGCCCCGCCAGAAGCCACUGAGGUUUCAGAGCACAACCAUCAUUUUUCCCAAGCGUGCCAAGAACAUUUACCGGACCACCCUCAGCUACAGCUUGGGUUGUGCCAAGCGUUGGUUCGCUUCCAGCGUGCAGCUGGAACUCUGUGAGGAAACCAGCCCGUGCGUCAUCUACAGCGAGACCCUCUGAUCCGCCCCGGCAACCGUGCGACCUCCGGGAAGGCCGCGGCCUUCGCUGGGCCUCUGGCUGGGCCUUCAUGGAUGGCAACUGAACAUCAGUGGCUGGAGAACACCUCGUUGUGGUUUCCUGUGAACUCCCUGCCACGCCGGUCUCAUGCCCGCUCUGCCCCUGCCUCAGCCAGCUCGGAGGGCUCUGGAGAAUCAACGUCUACAACCAG